AUGGCACAACGACUAAGCUUCGCCCAGCUCGAGCAGGCUGCUCUUCACAUCAUCCGUCUCAUUGCAGACAUUCCCGGCCUCGAGAACACUCAUCUCGCCAUUGUUGGGGACUUGGCCGUCAACAAAUACCUGUCGCAGCAGGCACGAGUCACAAGCAUCGACUUGGUCAUCAGCAAGUCCUCCUCUCCCGGUCGCGUUAAGAAGGAAAUCGUCGGCCACCCCAUCACUCCCCUCGUCGAAAAGUCCGGCGUCGUCCUGUACCGUCACACAACAGGAUGGGAGGUUGAAGUCAAGCUCAUUCCCGACUGGCUCAGCCCAUACCUCCCCGAAGCUGCCAAGCGCGUCCGCGAUGUGAAGGGCGAGGCCACUCUGCCUUACACAUCCCUCGAGGACAUCAUCAUCUUCAAGAUGGACGCCUGCGGCCUCCACGAGAACGACAACAGCAAGCGACGCGACGCCUGCGACGCAGCCGCCCUGCUCAACCUGGCUUCUGAGCACGGCGCAUUGGUUCUCGAUGAGGACAAGACGGAACGAGCGGAGGAGGCACUGGCCGACAUGGUUGAGUUCUCGGACGAAAAGGACAAGGGCUGGUGGCAGCGCUGCCUGGGAAUGGUCAACAACAAGCCCCGUACGCCCCAAGAGAUUCUCUCCGACAUUGCGGAGCGACCACAGACCGCCUCCUCGCGAUCAUCCGUAUACUCGUCCAUCUCUCGCGCUUCGUCAUACACCAGCAACGCCUCCGGCCACUCUUCCGCCUCGUCCAUCUCCUCCACCAGCGCCGACGACAAAUCACCCAAGUCUCCCAUCCCCGAGAAGAACGGCCGCACUCGCAAGAUGAGUGUCACCAAGAAGCCCUCUCGCCACAAGCGUCACACAUCAAUUGGCGCCUCCACCUCGGUCAGCGCUCUCGACGCGCACAUGCAUCGUCUUGAGCUUGACCGUCCUGCCUCGCCUGGCAUUUCUCUGACGAACCGCAUUUAA